AUGUUCCAAGUAACAACCUUGUUCAAAGAAUCUGACAAGUUACCUACAACAAAAGAUGGGAAAAUCGACUUUUCACAAGAUUUCUUUGGUCGUCCAGCUUAUUUGUCAGUUUCUGGUCAGUUACAACUCGAAAGCAUCGCUUGUGCUAUUGGCAACGUGUAUACAUUUGGACCGACUUUCCGAGCAGAGAACUCUCACACCUCAAGACACCUUGCUGAGUUCUGCAUGGUUGAGGCUGAAUUAGCAUUUGCAGAUCUAGAGAGGCAUAUGUGA